AAACACAAACCAACCUUUACUCUCUCUCUCUCUCUCUCUCUCUCUCUCUUUUGUUAGGGUUUUCGAUUUUCACUCAAAGCUUUGAUUUUUAAGCCAUGGAGUCCGGCGACGAGAUCAACAUCGGUAGCGACAAUGAGGUCAACGAUUAUUACGGCGAAGAUGCAAACAACACUGACUGUAACUAUGACUCGUUGAUCAAAGAAGAGGAUUCCAUGGAUUCUGAUUCCGAUAGUCCUGUUGCUAAAAGGCCUCGUCUUGAAGGUCCUCCAGACCGAAACUACACGGUGUUGAAGCAAUCAGAUAUACGUGAACGCCAAGAGAACACUAUUGCAGAAGUUGCCACGGUUCUCUCUGUAUCAAAAGCCGUCGCAACAAUUUUACUCCGUCACUAUAAUUGGAGUGCUGUUAAGGUUCACGAGGCAUGGUUUUCUGAUGAAGAUCGAGUCAGAAAAAACUUGGGUUUAUUACCCACCAUCGAAUUCCCACUUGACAGUACUGAAGUCAAGUGUGGAAUAUGUUUCGAUUUGUUCCCAACACGCGAUGAAAUUGUCUCUGCCGCAUGUGGUCAUCCUUAUUGUGUCGAAUGUUUUCGAGGUUAUAUUAGGACUUCGAUCAACGAUGGUCCUGGAUGUUUGAUGCUGAGGUGCCCGGACAUGUCUUGUUCUGCGGUUGUUGAUCGAGAUAUGGUGAAUAGUUUGGUUUUUGAGGAGGAAAAGCAGAAGUAUUCGACUUAUCUGUACAGGUCUUAUGUCGAGGAGAAUAAGAAGAUCAAGUGGUGUCCUGGUCCGGGUUGCGAGUACGCAAUUGAGUUCGAUGAUAAUCAAGGUUGGGAUGUGACUUGUGCUUGUGAUUUUAGUUUUUGUUGGAAUUGUGUUGAGGAUGCUCAUCGACCAGUGGUUUGCAAAACAGUGGCUAAAUGGAUAGGGAAGGACCAUGAUGAGUCUGAAACCAAGACUUGGAUAUUGGCUCAAACAAAGCCUUGUCCCAAGUGUGCAAAACCAAUUGAAAAAAACGCAGGGUGUAUGCACAUGACAUGCAAUCCACCCUGUAAUCAUCAGUUUUGCUGGAUAUGUCUUGGUGAUUGGCGUAAGCAUAGGAAAUGUAAUGGUUAUAAGGAAGAUAAGGAAAAAGAGGUAAAAAAGGCAAAGAGACAUGUAAAGAAAUACAAUCAUUACUAUGAAAGAUGGGCAGCUAAUAACUUGUCAAGGCAAAAAGCUGUUUCAGACUUGCGUACGGUGAUAACCGAGCAGAUUGAGAAGCUUGGUGAGAUUUAUGGCAAAACCCAAUUUCAGCUUAGGUUCAUAUUAGAGGCUUGGCAACAAAUAGUUGAAUGUAGAAGAGUGUUGAAGUGGACCUAUGCAUAUGGGUACUAUCUGCCUAGGGGUGAGAAGGCUAAGAAGCUGCUUUUCGAGUUUUUGCAAGGGGAAGCAGAAGCUGGCCUUGAAAGGCUUCAUGAAUAUGCUGAGAAGGAAGUGAGGCAGUUUCUCAAAGAUCCUGAGGGAUCAGUAAAUUUCGAAGAAUUCGAGUUAAAGCUGAAGAGCUUAACGGGAAUUACUAAAAAUUACUUUGAGAAGCUGGUUAGAGCAUUAGAGAAUGGCCUAUCAGAGGUGCAAACUUUCAUAGAGUAUUGGAAUUGUGAUCUGUGUACUUUUGCCAAUUCCUGGAAAAACGUAACUUGCGAGAUGUGUCAAACGCACCAGUGAAAGA